AUGCAGGUGAUUACUGUGGUCGGAUUGGUCGGAUUCGUGGUCUCAAAGACGGGCUUAGCGCCUUUUGAUGUCAUGGACAAAGGCGAGGCACUCCCUGUGGCAUGUUCUUGCCUAUUUCUCUCGUACCUGCCAAAUGUGAAGUUGUGGAGCGGACUGUUGUUGUUUGCCUCCAUAUGUAUUCUACUUAAUAUAUUUUACCUCCUGUCGUUGUCUGUGCUAGCAACUCUCGAAGACGCGCUCGGUGACCGCUGGUCACGAUGUUUUCCGCGUUUCGUGCUAGCACUGUUCGCUGGACGCCAUGCGUAUGAGCUGGUAACCGGGUUCUUGAAGUACGUCACAAUCUUCGUCAUCCUCACAUUCGAACUAUUCGCGACUGCUUGGUUCUACUGUGCGCAUCGACUUGGAAUGGACCUUCAUGUGAUGCUGAGGAACGCUUGCUGUUGGUGCUUCGGUCAUUUCAUUCUGUUCUUCACGUACCUCCUGCCAAUAAUACCAGCAGCGGUAGCGUUGCUGAACCUUCACGACUACGACUUCUCCAUAUUUUCCUUGCCCAUUCACUCGUGGCCAUAUUCGGAAUGGGUUGGAGCUGCGGUCGCUCUGGGACCACUCCUACCGAUCCCCCUUGUGUUAUUCUUCACAAUACUGGGCGCAUGUUGUUGUCGCGGAAAACAAGGAUAUACUCGAGGACAG